CGCUUGUGAAGUUUAACGUUGGUAGUCCCAGGAGAAGGAUUUGGUUAUUUCAUGGUGCUGAUUAGAACCCAAAUUGAAACACAGAUGUGUACACUGUACUGUCACCAGCCAUCAAGGUGGGUUUGAGUUUGAAGUGAGACUGAAGCUCGCCCGCCUUCACUGACUUGGCACCAGCGGAGCGCAGACGGAACAAUUUGCACAGAUCGUCGCCUCGACAGGAAUAUUGUGGAGAGCGGUUUCUGGACGUUCAGUGGCAUUUACUGCCGGAUUGAUUAUACGUCGCUUUGCUUUAUUGACAUAUAAAAGACAAAGAGAGUGAAGAGGCUGUUGGCUUAUGGCGAGUUGCGUGUGAGAAGAACCUGAAGUAAGAUUUCAUUUCCACCAUGUCAGCCAAUGGGAGCUCAGAGACAGGUUGCAGGUCAGAGGUCAGACCGAGCAACAACUCCUGCAGCCAGAAGGAACUGUCUAUCACCGCCUCCGUCAUCUCCAUGACUGUGGGCAUCUUCUCCAACAGCCUUGCGCUCUUUAUCCUCAUCAAGUCUUACAACCGCAUCCGGAUCAAGUCCAAGGCGUCCUUCCUGCUGUUUGCCAGCAGCCUGGUGCUCACAGACCUGCUGGGUCACCUCAUCAAUGGCUCCCUUGUGCUUUUGGUCUACAGCUUCCACAAGAAAUGGGAGACGUUUGACCCUCACCGCAUCGUGUGCAGCGUCUUCGGGGCGUGCAUGGUGUUCUUUGGCCUGAGCCCCUUGUUCCUGGGGAGCGCCAUGGCGGUGGAGCGCUGCAUUGGAAUCACCAGGCCUAUCUUCCACUCCACAGCAUUAGCUUCCCACCACAUGAAAAGGCUCCUCGGACUCCUGUGGCUGCUUGCUGCCCUGGUGGCUGUGCUGCCUGUGCUGCUGUGGAGGACCUACAAGGUUCAAAGCUCCAGGAGCUGGUGCUUCUUCCACAUGGAGGAACCCAAAGACUGGCUGGAUGUGCUCCUCCCUCUGCUUUUCUCUAUGCUGGGGCUGCUGGCCCUACUGCUCUCCAUUGUGUGCAAUGCACUGACAAGCUGCGCUCUGCUGCAGGCCAGACUUUGCCGCAAGCGUCACUGCAGAGGCACUUCCUACCACAUGGAGAUGAUCUGCCAGCUGCUGGCUAUCAUGUUGGUGUCCUGCGUGUGCUGGGGCCCAUUACUGAUUCACGUCAUCAUGGUGAGCACAAGAGCCAAGGACGAGCGUGCGUCUUCCAGUCUGCUGAUGGUGAUACGCAUGGCCACGUGGAACCAGAUCCUGGACCCCUGGGUCUACAUCCUGCUGAGGAAGGCUGUUCUGAGGAAAAUCUUCAUGUUGUUUCAAAGCUGCUGGGGCCCAAAAUCUCAUAACUUACACCGCUGGCAGUGUAGCAUGCUCCACAGCUCGCUGGAGACCAGCAACUCGGGCGCUGGCCCGACUGACUGCCGCUACCCCAGUAGACUUCCUCUGCCAGACACUGCGAUCCAAACCAUCACCUGAAUCGUGGUCACGAUGUUUUGAUCGGAGAACACCGGUGAGGAAAAACGGGAAGAAGCUGUGAAGAUGUGCAGAACUUUGUUGGAAUACAGACAAUCAAAGUUGUUUUACAUAAACUACCAUUUUAAAGUGAUUUUUCAUGUUCUCUUUGGUCACCAUGAACCGGCAGUAUUGUGCUCUAUUGUAUAAUGUGGGAUUCAUUUUCUGUUCUCACCUUUGAGCUCUGUUUUUCGCAUGAGCGGCUCUGAACAAAAUAUGUCUAAAAAUAUUCACAGUGCUCAGAAAAUAUUACAGUCACAGUCAGGUUGGUUCAGUCAUUCUUUUAUUUAAUUUGUCUAUUGAAAAAGUGACCGUCUUUGUUUUAAUGCUGCUGAAAUGUCCAUUUGGCAGCUCCAGUCUGUAUACUAAACACAGUAUAGCCAUGUGUUUGCAGAUAAAUUUAAGUAUAAAUAGCACACAAUGUUUAGAUAUAUGUAAUAUCUAUCUAUCUAUCUAUCUAUCUAUCUAUCUAUCUAUCUAUCUAUCUAUCUAUCUAUCUGUCUGUCUGUCUGUCUGUCUAUCUAGCAUUUUCAUACAACCAUGAAAGAUACAUAAUGACAGAAUUAAAUCAGACAGAACAGUCAGUUAGUGGUCUGCUUAGGUAAUGUGUACAUUACUUUAAAGUAAAUGUAAUGUUCUGCACAAAUGCUUUUGUAGUAUAUCAUCUCUCUCUCUCAUGAAAUCUUUCCAGUUUCUUUGGGCUGAACUGUGUAAUAAAUGUGGUAACGUAAAAACAAAUCAACAAAUAUUACUGAGCAAA